AUGAAAAACAAACCAGAACUGUCACAAACAUAUGACAGAGUGAUCAAAGAUCAAUUGAGUAAAGGUGUAACUGAGGAAGUAAAGCACCAACAAGUGGAUGGGUUGAUACAUUAUUUGUCUCAUCAUGGGGUAGUUACACCACAGAAAACAACAACAAAGUUGAGAAUCGUAUACGACGCGUCAGCCAAAACAAGAAACAAGAAGUGUUUAAACGAGUGUUUAUAUAGAGGUCCAGUCAUGCUCCAGGAUCUUUGUGGUAUGUUGAUGAGAUUUCGAAUGCAACCCAUAGCAAUUGUCGCUGAUAUAGAAAAAGCAUUCCUCCAAGUAGGAUUACAGGUAGUUCAACGCGACACUACACGAUUCGUUUGGCUCAAAGACUGUGCUUAUCCCAAAUUAAACGAACAGAAUAUUCAGGAGUACAGAUUUUGUAGGGUACCAUUUGGAGUAGCCAGUAGUCUGUUUUUACUUGGUGCAACUGUAGAUUUUCACCUGAAAUCUUAUAAUAUAUGA